GAACCCUAAAGCACAUACAGAUACGUGGGUACAUAAAAGCUGUUUUUUAUGUAGUAUAUAAAACCCGUCUUCCUCCAAAAUAGUCGAUCCAAACAUUAGGGUUAGGGUUAGGGUUCGGGUUUUCCCGCAGCUGCGCAACAAUGGGGAAAGGAACAGGGAGCUUCGGGAAGAGGAGGAACAAGACUCACACCUUAUGUGUGAGGUGCGGCCGCCGCAGUUUUCACAUCCAGAAGAGCCGCUGUGCAGCUUGUGCUUUUCCAGCUGCCCGGAAACGAAAAUAUAACUGGAGCGUGAAGGCCAUCCGAAGGAAGACCACCGGAACAGGUCGUAUGAGGUACCUACGCAACGUGCCUCGCAGAUUUAAGUCCGGUUUCAGAGAAGGCACCGAAGCAGCUCCGAGGAAGAAGGGAGCACCAGCUUCUACUUGAUCUUGGGUUAGAAGGUAUGGAUUUGAAGUUUGGUUUCUGGAUCUUCAGUCUUUUUGUGUUGGCUAACGGCCGGUGGAUGCUUCUGGACUCACCCCAUAUGUAGUUUUCUGAGCAUAGCGUCUCUGGCAUGUAGUCAUCUUUUAAAUUUCUUAAUCCUGUACGGAAGCUUUUUGUUUUUAGACAUUAGAAAAUUCGUCAUUUUGGCUGUUUCAAGAAUCUAGACCUAGAAUUAGCUUUGUCACCUCCAUUAGGAGGUUUGGACUAUUUGUUAUGCUAAUUUUUCAGUUGAAUUUGGGCAUAGGCUAAGAUUUUCUCA